CUUUACACUUCAUCAUUGUUCUAGCAGUACACGCCGCUAGAGGCGCUGACAUCCGUGUCUCCGUUUUGUUUGGUUACUUUCCCAUAUUGUCCUUAUACUAUAUUUGGUAGAGGUGGAUAAUCUUUGACCACGAGGUUGUCCGUAGACGAAAACAAUGGGGAAGUUAAAUGUUACAAUGUUGAGGUAUCUUACAAAAGAAGAUUUUAGAGUUUUGACAGCAAUUGAAAUGGGCAUGAAGAAUCAUGAAGUGGUUCCAGCCUCCCUAGCAGCCUCCAUUGCGAACUUGCGACAUGGCGGUGUUCACAAGCUUUUGAAGGAACUGUGCAAACACCGACUACUCAGCUACGAACGAGGAAAACACUACGAUGGGUAUCGCCUGACCAACCAAGGCUACGACUACCUGGCGCUGAAGACGCUGAGCUCAAGAGGCGUGAUUGCUUCAUUCGGCAACCAGAUAGGUGUGGGCAAGGAGUCCAACAUCUAUGUGGUGGCGGAUGAGGAGGGGGUCCCACGCUGCCUGAAGUUGCACAGGCUAGGACGAACUUGCUUCCGCAACAUUAAAGAGAAGAGAGACUACCACCAGCACCGCAAGACGGCCUCGUGGCUCUACCUGUCUCGCAUCUCUGCAACUAAGGAGUUUGCCUACAUGAAGACUCUGAAAGAUAGGGACUUCCCCGUCCCCAAACCCAUAGACUUCAACAGGCACUGCAUUGUGAUGGAGCUGAUCCAGGCUACUCCAUUGUGCCAAGUUAAUGAAGUGCCAGAUGUUGAGGUGCUGUAUGAUGAACUAAUAAACCUGAUAGUUCUUCUUGGAAACUAUGGUGUGAUUCAUGGAGAUUUUAAUGAGUUUAAUAUCAUGAUCACAGAUGAGGGCAAGCCUAUUGUUAUUGACUUCCCACAGAUGGUUUCCACGUCACAUCCAAAUGCUGAAAUGUUCUUCAACAGAGAUGUGAACUGCAUUGUAGAGUUCUUCAGGCGUAGAUUUGGAUUUGAGAGCAGUCUUCUUCCUGUGUUCACAGACAUAGAGAGAGAAGACGACCUAGAUGUGGAGGUGGCAGCCAGUGGGUUCACGCGCCAGAUGGCGAGGGACUUCCUGGCCGAGGCGGAGGAGGAGGGAGACGAAAUGCCAGCCAAGCCAGAGGACGAGGUGAGGCAGCAGCUCGAACAGCUUGUAGCGGGAGAAGCGAGCAGCGCGCAUGAUGGCAGGAGUUCCGAUCCCACCAUCGACGAAAGGCCCAGUGAAAAUGUUUCACAGGCUGGCAAAUGUAUCGGUGAGGUAAGAAUUAAUGAUGUAAAGUGUGAUAUAGGCAGAACUGGUCUGGAAUAUAUUGAUCAGCAAGGAAUACCACCACGUAUGGGCAGUGAAGGACUGCCUGGCGAUGACCGCUCACGAGCAGACAGUGUUGGUGGGGACAACGGGCUUGGUGCUUACAGUUUCGAUGAUGCGAGGAGUGUCCGUAGCACGUCGACUGCGGCAACGAUCGCCCCGGAGGAGAUAAAGAAGCGGGUGAAGGACUCCAUCAAGCAGCGAGAGAAGAAGCUAAUGGCCAAGAAAAGGCUGGCUGUGAAAGGGGAGGCAAGCGCAGUGACGAGGUCGCGGAGGGAGAACAUGGACAACAUCAAACAAAGUGGAGGCAUUUGGGGCUGGGAGUAACUAUGAGCACAAUAUCUUUAUUCAGUGGUCAUUAACAUACUGUGCAUAGUUCAGGCCAGAAGUCUUGCGAGCCCACCCCAUUAUUCAAAACACAAGAGUUGUUUGCAAUGGAUUGGCAUAACCAAAAGUGAGUAAUCUACAGUUGAUUCAGCACGAACUGGUUAAGCAUCAACUCUUCUAAAAAACAUUAACCAUCCUGAUGAUACUGGUGCCUGUAUUUAUUUAAAAAUAGCCUGUUGAUUUAUAUAGUGAUUUAUACAGUGAAAGUCCGUUGUAACGAAUACGGUCUAUAACGUAAAGUCCGCUAUAACGAUAAUCUCCAUCGGCACCGUCAGUUUUGCAUAUGCUGCGUAGGAUAAAAAUUUCGGAAAUAACGAAUGCAGCGUGGGCUCAUUUUCGCUAUAGCGAUAGAUUACACACCUGUAAUUUUGCUCUAAAAUAAUGAAAAAAAUCUACAAUUUCCUUAAUAAAUGAAAAACAGCUUCUCACAAUUAUUCCACGCGUCCGGCAAAUGAAACAACACACAUGAUGUGGCCGUCUUGGCAACACCGCACAAGGUGGGGCCCCACAGCGAGCAUAGCUUGCCUCGCGGCGAUGAAAGCAAGACACUGCGAGCAUUAUUUAUUUAGAAUCACACCGACUGUAGCCCGUAACUCGUCUCACACUUGGCAUCGUAAGCGUGCGGGGAGUUGACGAACACUGAACUUGUCGAGCUCGUCUCUUCUAAUCAAAACGAAGCGGCGUCUGAAGAUGAUGACAAUAAUGACGACGAACCAAGUGACGUAUCUGUUCCGUCCAAAACGUCAAUUAUGGAGGCACUUGACACAUUCAGUCAUUUUUAUCAGCAUGCAAAUGCUUCAAUGAAAGAUUUGAUGAACUUCCAAGAGGUCCAGUCGUUUAUUUUGUCCGAAAGUCUAGUGAAAUCAAGGCAAACAAAAAUUGAUUCUUUUUUUAAAAAGUGAUUUUUAAUUUUGUGUUAUUUUCCAAGGGUCUGUACGAGUGAUUAUUUUUGUGUUACUGACCAAUUGCUGUAAAAAUUAUUUUAUAUAAUUUGUAUGGUUGUCCAACGUAAUUAGAGUUUUUUUAAAAAUUUUUUUUUGUAUUCAAAACUCCGCAUGUAUGCACCCGAUAUCAUCAGCUUAGCGCACGUCUCCAGCAAACCAGCUGCGGUCAAAGCGACAGGAAGCGGCCGGCAUGACCUUGCGUGACCUCGCCCGCCCGUCUCCAUGUAAACAAACAGCUGUGCGCUUAGCCACAAUGUGCGUGACGGCCUUAUCACGGCCACGCGGUCUCAUAUUUCGCAGUCGGCAAGUGCUGAUAUAGCUUAAAAAUGUUAUUUUAGUAAGUUUUAUGUAUAUUUCCUUUACUUUUGUUGUGAAUUUCCAUAGUAAAAACAAGCGAGAAAAUAAUAUAUUUUAAAAAUGCUACAAAAAUAAGAUUUUUUUUUUUUUUUAAAUUUUGGCUAUAACGAAAAUUCGCUAUAACAUUAACUUUUGGCGCCGUUAUAAAUUUACGUUAUAACGGACUUUUACUGUGUGUAUGUGUGUGUGUGUGUGUGUGUGUAUAUAAAAUUGUUAUCAAAACUAAGAAAUAGUAAUAAAUUUUGGGUCAGUCAUAGCUGAAAUGAGAAUAUAUAUAUAUAUAUAUAUAUAUAUAUAUGUAUAUAUAUAUAUACAUAUAUACAUAUAUAUAUAUACAUAUACAUAUAUACACACACACACACAGAGCUAUGACUGACCCAAAAUUUAUUACUAUUUCUUAGUUUUGAUAACAAUUUCAUACAGGUCUUUAUUGUGGUUCUCCAUGCUUCCUCUGUGUACAUUUUUGGGUUUGAAUUCAGUGUAGCAUACAUUAUUAAUGUCCGACUUUGUUUCAGGUUUUUGCAUAGCAAACCAGACACACACAGGAUCCUUUCUUUUUCAGAGUCAUUAUUAGAAUUGAAGUGAUGCUCUUCUUAAAGAGUUUUGUUACAAAAAAAUUUUAAGUAUGUUUAGGGUAAUAUUUUCAUGUUUUCAGGAAACAGCUGUUUUCUGUUAAUAGUGUUCGAAUCAUACUGAAAAUCCUAUGUAUUGGUACAUGAACUUUUCAGUAAAUAAAAUGACUCAAAAGUGGUGAAACAAAACCUAGAAAGUGUUAAAAAAAAACAUGAAAAGCAGUGAAAAAAUAUUAUGCUCUCACGUCACUAAAAGCUGACUACAGUAGAACCUCGAUGAUACGUUCCCGUUUCAUACAUUUUCCCGUGUCAUACGCCGAAUAAUUUUGGUCCCGCCGAAAGUACUAUAUCUACAAUGGUUUACUUUCCCGGAACAUACACUUAUAAAAUUAUUAAUUUCCUGUUUCAUACGUUUUUACGAAGCAGAAAAGUCCUAAAAUUCAAAAUUUUUUAUUAUAUUCCUCCUGAUAAACUACGUUUUAAUGCUUUUAUUUUGAAAAAGUUCAUUGUUUACCUUUGCAAACGUAAGAAAAUAAUUUUAUCACACCAUAGAUAUGGAUAGUAUCAGGAAGACUGUGCACUUCGCUAGUAGCAUCUAUGGCCAGCACCAAGCGAGACUAGUGGCGCAAACUAGCAAUGAUUAUGAUAAUGGUGCACGCGCUUUACCAAGGCACGGAUCUCAUAUUUUGUGCAUUCAUUAAUCUUUGAACUGAAUAUACCAGUUUGUUAUUGUUUUCUUACGAUCGGAUUGUUUUGUAUUUUACGUUUCUCAAGUUAAAAUUUAAUUGAAAAUUGUUCUGUUGCAUAAAGUUGUUUGUAAAAUGAAACAAACACAGCAAAAAUUUCUGAUUUUCUUCUUACAAUAGCCUAAUUUUUUUAAAAUUUCUAAUUUAUGCUUGGUGACGUUUCCCCCUCUCCAAGAAAGGACUCCAUAACAUUUUGUAAGGCCACUGUUUCUCAUGUUAGCUUUACUUGAUUAUGGACUGUAUUUUACAUUUCUUGUGGUUUUAUUAUAUGUCUAUAUAAUGAUGAAUUAAUAUAUGUUAUUAAUAUAAUGCAAUUAUUUACACAUUAUGUAUUUAAGUUUAAUCAGACAUUGUGCUGGUAUGCUAGAUUGAAAAAAAAUGUUAUUAUUGCCAUUCCCUUUUCAUACACUUUCCCGCAUCAUACACCAUUUUUGUGCCCUCCGUUGAAAAGUGUAUGACAGGGGUUCUACUGUAUUUACAAUAAAACACUUAUCUUUCAGCACAGAUCCAUAUUUAAGCUUUGUUUGAAUUCUGUACACAUUAUUUUGCCACUAAUAAGUCACUUAAACACUGUCAUAUUAUUUUACACCCUUAAAAAACUGACACAACACAACAUGCAUGUACACAAAACUGGAAUGAAUCUUAAUCAAUGAUGAGCUUCAAUAAAAAUUUUUUGUUGAAUCUGUUUUUUUUUUUUUGCCAGGAAAAAGUUUAGAAAUGUCACUAAGACUGGUCAAAAGAAAACAUAGUCAUUAUCUCUGUGUUUUCCUCCAGUAAGUUGUGCCGCCUAUCUGUCACAACUGUACCAUAGGAAGAAAAACACCUCUUGCUGUCAACUUUCGAACAUGGCAGCCAAACAGCUCUCAGUGCAGCACAAACAAAAGCAGGAAAGUCAUGCUUCAUGGAAAGAAGCACUUCUACAACAUCAGGCUGUUUCUUUUCUGCCUCUAUUUUAACGAUUUCCUUAAAUCGUGUGUAACCACAAGCAAUGUCGGAUGGUGUCAAUACAGUAAGUUUCAUGCCAGGAAGGGUUUGAAAUGAUGUGACCAAGCUGCUGUUCACGUCAUUGAGGACAACACUAGAAGGGUUGAACAGCUUUCCCACCACUUCAAAUGUUUUCCUGCAAGGAUCUCUUGACAUUUGCUCUUGUAGCUUAUCCAUGGGAAGUGAUGCAGUACGCUGGAGUGUCUGCUUUACUUCGGCCUGAAGAACUUUGCUUCCUAAAUCUUCUAGUAAAGUAGCAGUUUCAGAUUCAAAAAUCCCAUUUGCUGCUACUGAAAAACCAUCUUUCAGUUUCGAAAUUUUACCACAAAGAAUAUGGCUGGUUGGAUAUGAAGACCCCGCCAGACAGUCUAUAAGUUCCAUCAACUGUGCAGCAUGUUCUCGAACAAACACGGCUUGUAUGUGUACUUUUCUGAAUAUCUGACUUCGGAAUAGCAUUGAAAAACUCUACUCCAGCAUUUGGUGAGUUUUGCAUUUCGUUUGAACCGAAAAACUCAACUAUGUCAGUCAGGUACUCAGAAACAUACAAAACUGACUUGAACCACCUGUUCCAGCGAGUGAGGACUGGAACAGGAAACUGACAAAUUUUCUUGUUAGUGCCUGAAUAUUUCUCUGUCAGAAACUGUGUGUAAAGGUGUUUGCAUUUCCUAGUAUUCUGAAAUGCUGCCUUGCACUUAACAACUGCAUUGUUCAGUUCAGUACAAACUUUUGGCCAGAUAUUGCCUACAAUGCAGAGCUUAUGAGCCCAGCACUGCACAUGCAAUACUUCGUCACCCAGAAUGACUUUGAGACAGUCACUUCACUUGGCCAUGUAACGAGCCCCAUCACUGACAAAAGCAACUACUCAAUCGUAGCUAACAUCAUACUUUUUCAAAGAAUCUAGCACAGCUCUGGAACAAUGGGUAGGAUUGGCAGCUUCUAGGAAAUGAACACCAGCAAGAAAAACUUUCUGAGACGCAUUUGGUCCAUGAGGCGGAAAAGUACAACAAAGACGCACUUCCCUCUCUUGUCUGUGGUCUCAUCAGCCAAAACCGCUAGAUAUUUUCCAGCAAUUUCAGCUUUAAUGGUGGCAAAUCUUUCCUCAGCUGCUAUUGGUAUGUAGUUUUCUCUUAAUGUUCUGACUGUUGGCAAAUCUCCAGCCCCUGAAAAAUAAUCCCCAAUAAAUGUAGCUAUUUUAAUACUACUGUUACUGAAAGAGAUAAAAAAUUAUGCUAGUAUUUGUUGGCUUGUAACAAUUUGUAAAUGUCAAACCCAAUUUGCAAUAAUUAGUAAAUACAUACGGCCUGAUCUGUAGAGGCUGUAGAAGAAUUUUAUACAAAAAACAAUUUACAAACUAACCUUCAACAAAUUCAUGCAUCGAGUCUCUGAUGUUAGGUUCCUGUAGUUUCUCAAGAGGAAUAUUUGCCUUCAUAAAUGCUGUUGUUGUCUUGAGUGCAAAAUUAUCCGCUGCAUAUUUUCUUUUGUUAACAACCUGGAAACUACUACCAAUCGUUUGCUGAAGGAUGGCCUUUUUUGCACUUGAAAUUCUUUUAUUAUUGAUAUGCUUUUCACUUUUUAUAUGUUUUACUAUAGUGUCUCUUCUUUCCCAACUCACACAUGAGUUACAGAACUUACAAAACAAAAUCUUUCUGUCACUGGAAUGUAAGCCUUCAGCAGAGAACUCAUUUGCUCGAGUCAAGGCAGACUCUACAACUUUCGGCAUUUCUGCCAAUUUCUACCAUACACGAAAUCGCAAUCACAACUUGUAACAAAACAAGUAAUUAUAUGUGACGAGCCUAGUAACACCAACCUUUCACACAAACGUUUCACACAAACGUUAAGGGAAUUCAAAAAAUUAAUAACGCAAAAACCUGUUUGUAAACAUUGCACACAGCCUUAAAAAUACAGCAUCCUUAGGGAUCAGUAAACGGUAAUUACCGCUGAUUAGUUAACAGCAAAGGUUAUUCACGUUUGCACUUUGCAGCGAAACAUUACAAAGGCAGUACGUUUUAAAAUAAUAUUUAAAAAAAUUUUACCAUGAAUCUCAUUUUUCCAUUAGAUGAACUUUUUUUCCCCUCCCAUUUUAUGACUACGUCCAAAAACUUUAUUUCCCGAAUGAUACGAAGUUGAAAUCCAUUGCAUUGUAAGUUAGAGUAUUACAGUUUAAUUAUUUAACAGAAAAAAAAUUGCUAUGUGUUAAUUCCGUUUCAAACACAAUUUAAAUCUUCAUAAAAUUAUCUGUUUUGUCGCCGUAUGAGAAUGAAAAUCCAGCCAGACUGCCAGGCUGCAGGCUCUUCUGGCAUAAACAUCAUAAAUGUUUAGUUACAUUGAUGCCUCUAUAGAGAUUGUGAACGUAGCGUGAUAUCGAUAGUUCUCUUUGCAUGCACAGCGCGCUCUCUGUCUCCAGCCAAGUAAACUACAGUAGAAUCCCGCCGAUGCGACCCCCCUCUGAUGCGUCCAUUCCGUUUAUACAACCGUUUUUUGAGAAACCGUGAAAAAUUUGAGCAGAAAGAGUCGAAAAUUUGAGUAAAAUCGGCUGAAAAACAAGUCUGUUACACUUUUUUGGGCGCUGUGUGUUCACGUUUAUCUUGGCGAGUGCUGUACUGUAAGCAGGCAGACAAAAGACGGCUAAAAAUAGAUACCACCCCUCUAGACUGUCCACGCUAGCCAAUACCGGUAAACUGCGCGCAUCACCUGAUAGCAUCUACGUGCGCGUCUAUUGCCGUCCCGGUCCCGGUCCCGUUUGACGAUUGUGACUCGUUUUUCAAUUUACACGGACUCGUGGAUUCGUGAAAAUGAGUAUAAAACGAGCCAGUUUGUCGCUAAUGAAAAAUUAUGAGAUUAUCCAGCAAGUGGAUAAGAAGACAAUUUCCAAGACGAAGAUAGCACAGAAAUAUGGCAUUCCGAAGUCUACUCUCUUCACGAUUCUUAAAAAAAGAGAAGAAAUUAUAAAUGCAGUACAGAAGGAAGGCAGCGAUUUGAAAUUGAAAAAUUUGAGGGACGCGACGUAUUAGGUGCUUCAAGUGUGCGUGAGAGAUAAGAUAAAGAAGGUGAAGAGGGCGAGACCUGCCAGCCAAUAUAUUUGUGGGAGGGGGAGACAGAGAUAAAAGAGAGCGAGCCCUGCAGUAAGCGGAAGUGGUCAAGGUCGACAUUUACCGUCACACACUCGCUAGCUAACGAUGCUGCUGGUCGCCAGCCUCACACACACACGCGCGCACAUACGCACGCGCGCGCCGCCAGACGGUGGCGACUGGCGAGUAGAUGCGUGCGCAGCCAGCAGUUCUGUUCUCCUUCCCCUCACUUACCCGUCCACACGUGUUUUUUUCUUUUUUUUUUUACGCUGUGAAGGGACGUGGAAAAGAUAAUUGCUUGAGCUGUCAAAAUAAACAUCGCUGACGGCAAGGACGGGAGCGCAUCCUGUCGGUCAGUCGCUGUGAUUAUCUACUCCAAAAACAUGUCACAGCAUUUCAGGAUAGCAUUGUUCUUAUAUCUUUCGUUUAUAGCCGAAUGUUUUCUACCUGAUCCACACAAGUUCCUUCGCCACGUUUUGAACGAGAAUAACAACCAGCCGGCUAGCAUAGCCGAACUCGUGUGACGCAAAUUCACUUUAAAUUGGGGGGAGGGGUAAAAUUGGCCCGAAUUCUCUAUUGCGACCAUUCCGUUUAUAAGUCCGUUUUUCCGGAAACCGUGAGGGGUCGCAUCAGCGGGAUUCUACUGUACAUUUGAAAGCCCCGAAUGCACUCUUUUGUGGUUAGUAUGUACUACGAUGCAGAUAGGGCACGGUAUGUUUACGUUUGUAAGUUACGUUUCACACUCGGGUGAAGGUUUUCAUUUUCAAUUCUUUUAAUAUGAAGUAUGUUUUUGUGAAAUGCCUCAUUAAUUUUAAUUGUUUGACAUGCUUUUGUAUUCGGUGAUUAUUAAAUAAACGUAAUUUCCGUGAAGCAGUUCUGUUAUGAAAAAAAUAACCUCAACAGAAAUGGUUUUCAAACUUCAAAUUUCGUGAAUAGAUUCCAAAAUUGUUAACAUUUCGCGAAAACCCAUCAAAACGAUGAAAUUCACGUUUCCGCGACGAAAAUUCGCGAUCGCGAAAAGUUCAUGUCUCUACCUAUGUAUUGUGACUAAAAUAUUUUUGAACAUCACCUCAAUUAAUUCAAGAUGGUGCCUGCUUCUGCUAUGUAAAAAUAAGUGACUAAUACUUAAAGUAUUCAGUAUUUAAUUACAGGUAGGAAGUUAGUCAUAUUUGUUAUCCACUUACAAUUAAUUGUACUAGACUAAUAUGCUAAUAAAACCAGGGAAAGAAAGUCAUUUCUAAAACCAUUACCAUUAUAUACGUGUAUUAAUCUUUUUGGUUUCGUAUACAGUAUAAACUCUAUAUAAUGACACUUAACGGACUGAGCAUUUUUCAGCGUUAUGGAGAGUGGUCGUUAAAUGGAGAGAAAUAAAAGAUAUCAUUUUACUAUUCUAUAAUAAUAUGUAUUUACUAAUAUAGUACACCUUUUUUACUCAACAUUAAUAUUCAUACAAAUAACAACACUUAUUGCAUAUAGUUAGAGACCCUAUUUUUUUGCGAGGAAAAUGCGAAAUAAUCCAUUCAUUCCAAAUUUUCGCGAAAUUGACAGAUUUUUACACAAAAUCCUGUGGAAAACGCUAGUUAAACGUAAUAUUAAAGUCCUACUAACAACACAUAUAACUCCCAAAAACAAGAUUAUUAUGUGCUGGAGCUGGAUGGUCGUCUGUGGCACGUCAACAUUAAUAUUAAAGUUCCGUUCCUUAGAUGAAGAUGUAUGUAAAAAAACCUAAGCAAACUUCUAUCGUAUGUAGUUUCGUAAGCACCACUAGAUGGAUCUGAAUGUGGAUUAAAUAAUGGUAGUUCCAUUUGCGCCGCUAGAUAGAUCUGAAGGUAGAUGACUUAAGAUGUGCAGACCAUUGUGUAUCACCUUUGUCAAUAUUGUAUCUAUGGGCUACGAAAAUGGAAAUAAAAUAUUGUAAAAACAAACAACAUUGACCGCGUGGAUACGGCAGACAAUUAAGUAGAGUAAUCGUAAUCAUGCCAAAAAUUGUGUCCGUGUUUCAGCGUGCACAAGAAUUUGAAAGUGAAGGUUUUUAUGUAUUCGAUAAAGCCAAACGUAUCCUAAUGUGCAAAUACUGUAACCAAAGAAUUGAAUGGCAACGGAGAGACACCUGCACAAACAAUGUAAAGCACGAAACCCACUGAAUCGGAUCGGCCUGGCUCGGUACGGCGUGGGUCGUCUCGGAUCAGCCCCACCUUCUCGAAACCCACUGGAGUGACACAAUCGGACCGUUCCGACCGUCAGUAACUAUGGACAGCUAGCUCUUCAGAAGAAGACAUUGUUGUGACAAUUACUUGUAAUGAGCUGGUGGAACAACGCAAACAUGGUUUUUGGGUUCACGACAUUUUCCUGAAACGGGAAACGUUAGGUGAAUACCACCAUUUAUUUCCCCAGUUAUUAAACAACGAGCGGAAGUGUAUGGAAUACUUUUGAAUGUCCGUGUUUAAAUUGUAUGAUUUGGUUGCCAUGUUACCACUAUGGAAGCAAGAACUGAACUUUCGUAAAUCGGUUGGCCCAGAGGAGCGAUUGGCAGUGACACUAAAGUAAGUAUAUGAUAAGUAAUGUUAUGUAGAUAGUGAAAUCCUUUAAAAGCUCACAAACUACUAUAUUUGUACAUUAAUAUGCAUUGGUUUACUUCCAGGAAAAUGGCAACGAAUGUGUAUUUUACCAAGGUAGUUGAUUAAUUUGCUGUAACAUAAAAAAGUUGCCUACAUGAAACUGAAUUUGUAAUUAAUUGUUAUAUUUCAGAGCCAAAUUGUAGUAAAUAAUGGGUUAUCGUUAUUUCAAAGUUAAUUCUGUGAAAAACUACUAUAAGGACAGAAGGUCCUGAAUCGUUUGGCAGUGAAUUAAGUCAAGUAGCUGCAAAUGUUACAGUGCCAUUUUGUCGGUGUUCAAAUACCCAAUAUCAAUAUGCACAUUCCAUUUAUACUUUUUACAUUGGUUAGAUGCGUUGAUUGUUGCCAUAACGAAGAAGCUAUAGCAAUUUCAAAAAAGCCUAUAUUUAAGUGAACAUUAUACAGCUUCACACAUUUACAACAGAGUUUAAUUAUAAUUUGUAGUGAAACGUUUUUCCACUGUAAGGUGUAGAGUAAUAAGUUUCUACCUUUACCAGCUAGUACACUCACACUUCUUAAGCUAACAAUAUGUCCUCUGUAAAGUACAUAUGUAAGUAUAAUAUAAAAUAUUUUAAUGUUUAUGUUUGUAGUUACCAAACAUUACAUAAUUUAAAUGAACGUGUUAUAUAAUACGCAUUUCACAAUACAUAAAAGAGAAACUGAUAGGAAAUAUUCCGUACAAAACGUGAAUCAUAUAUUCUCAUGAAAGGUGUGAUUGGUACAGUAAAACCUCCAUUAAUGAAUAUUCUAUUUAACGAAUAAACCCAUGCAACGAAAUAAAAUUUUGGUCCCGCUGAACCUCCAUAAGAUCAAUGCUGUUUUAACCUCUAAAUACCAAAUUUUAUUUGUUCCGAAAUAGUGAAAUUCCCUUUACAACGAACUGCCGCUUUGAAAAACACGCAAAAAUAAACAUCUCCUACAAGACAUCCACUAAUUUUUUUGCAUUCACUGCUUAAAAAUACGUGCGUAUAACCUUAAAAUAAUAUGCACCAUCGUGGAAGACAAUAAAUAAAGCAUCAUGGAUAACACACGUCGUGUAGACAUGCCACACUUUGUUCAAAAUGGCGGGUACAUGUAGCGCUAGUGGCGGAAACCUCUCGUACAAUCGCUCUGGCAAGACGAACAACUAGUAUAUUUUGCGUUUCUAUGGUUAAAGAUGCGCACACGCAAAUAUUUUUAACUAUGGUGUAGUACAUUUUCCGUUACCCCCCCCCCCCCCCUCCCCCUCCUCAGUUUUCACUGUUUAUUUAUUUCCACACAUAGUUAGGGAAAUAAACACGGUACUACUGUAAAAUGAAUUUUAAUCUUAAAAAGCGGCGACAGAUUGACAUUAAAAUAAAAUUAGGAAUUUUAAAUGCAGUUGAUGAAGAUGGAAAAUAAAAGUGAUAUAGCUAAACGUUUCGACAUCCCGGCGUCUACACUUUCGACCAUAUUAUCCAACCGGGAACAGAUCGAAAACAACGCUUCUCUGGUGGGAACAAAUCAAAAACGUGUGAAAGUACAGUAAAACCUUUUUGUUGCGACCCCAUUUAUUGCGACCACCUCUCUAUUACAACCCAAUUUCGAGGAACCGUGAAAAAUUGCCGAAAAUCCGAAGAAAAACUGAUAGAAAAUAAGUUUCUUGUGGUGAGUAGUGUGUUACUGCGUUUCUCUUGCCGAGUGUUGUACUGCCGUAGGCAGCGCAUAUCUAAAAAUAGAUACCACUUCCUGUCGACCGCUGUCAGCGCUUAACAACCCCCAUUCCACGUCCCUUUGCCGGCAGGGUGCAGAUAAAGGUUUUUGUGGCAACGUGUUUACGUUUAGCUUUUUGUGAGUGUCUAGUGUGGUACGCAGUUAAGGCAAAGAAAGCUACCUGCUGGAUUUCUCUUGAUUUUGAUUACUAUCGGUUGACAAUUCACAGCGACCGUCUGGAUGCACGCCCGCCUCGACUUGUUUUAACUGCCGCAGCGAUGUUUAUUUUGACAGCUCAAGCAAUUAUCUUUUCCCGUGGGUUGAUAGAAAAAGGUCGCUUCACCCAGCAUAAAAAAAAAGGCUACGCCACUUAUUGCCCACGCAGGAAACACACUGGCUGCCGUCUGUCUCCCUCACAUUUAUCUUUCUUCUAACGUUCCACGUCUCACCUCUCGCGCGAGCAAUAACGAAGCGACCAUGCAUUGGGCCGUUUUAUUCUUUGUUUGGUGACAGCAGCUUGAUUUUAUUCUGUAUAUUCCUUUUCAUAGGACCCUUGCUAUUAAAAUACAUUUAUAUUUAAGUUUGAAAGCUUGUAAAUUCCUUGCCAGAGAUGACUGAACUUGAACUUGGUGUGAAAAGUGACAUAUUUUGACCCCUACCUCGCUGCUUUAGUACCCCAUUCAUAAUAGCCCAAUUUUAUAGGAGAAGGGAGGGUGAAAUGAGCAUUUUCUCACUGAAAGUUUUUCAAAGGGGAGCAAAGUUGGGGUGUUAUAAGGGAGGACACUAGAUGGUUUGUGUGUCUGGGAGGGAUGAGCUAGCCUUGAAGAAUGUUAACGAUAGGGGAGGGAGGGGUGAGCUUAUGUGUCUUGAAGCCGCUGCCGCUAGCCAGCCGGGCGAGCUUCGUGUGCGCCCACUCGCGUUGUAGAACCUACAGCUGCCAUAUUUUUAAAGGAAUUUUCCAUUAUUUUCUGUUAUUUUUACAUGAACAUUAUUGGAAGUAUUAUUUGUUAAAUCCAGGGUUCGUGACAUCGGUGUUCUAGUGUAUUUAACUACGGAAAGCAGAAAACGUACAUGUAAACUAACACAUAUUUUCUUUAGAGGUGGCCUGUAGGGCGACGGACUUGUUAUGAAGGUUGAAGUGGGUUUAAAGCAAAGCCGUCUAGCAUUGUGCGUGACAGCAUCCUGCCAUUGUACGGCUGGUUAGUGAGUAGCGGUUUGGGAAGGGUGGGGGGGGAUGUUGAAAUGAACUGAAAAUUUCGGAAAACAUCUACAUGGUUGCUACAGGACUAAAAAACCGGGAAAACCGGGAAAUGUCAGGGAAAUUAAAAUGGUCUGGGAAUUCCGGGAAAUGUCAGGGAAAAUUCUACGAAUUCUGAAAAUUUUAAAGUUGCUUAUAAUUCAAACAAAGCUUUGUUUUGAUGCGCUCGUACCGCUACCGAACGACUCCGCUAAAAGGCUGCUGCUUAAGAGCGCGUGGGAGAUAAUAUUUUCUCGUGCGCGGUCAGUUGAAGUGGUUCAUUUUUUCCUCGUAGGAUAGCGCAGCGUUCGGUCACGGGCGUGUAGAGCGUAUCCAAGUGGAGACCCCGCGAACUAGUAGGAAAACGGAAUGUCACCCGGGAUGACUGUAAGGGGGGGGGGGGGGGGAAGUGAGAGACAAAGACGAAUGUAGGACGGCUGAUAGGGGUGGGAUGAGUCAGCUCUAGCAGUCGAGGCAACGGCUUUGUGAUGUGCUGAGAAGCACAAGACGACACUGGACUCAUCACGCCCGUUUCAUACAUAACCAGACAGAGCGGAUAGAACAUUUUUUUUUUCGUUUAAAGGAACGCCGUUUUUAUGCUUAACUGUUUUGGCGCCCGUGGAUGUUACUGUGUGAUACAACACCACUUCGUUUAAAUAAAAACCGUACAACAGUUCUGGUACAUAAAAUAUUACUAAGUAAAUUUAUCACUCAUGUUUAUUUUACAUUUUACUGCAAGCGAAACAAAAAAAAAUAGAACUUUAGAUACAAGGUUUCACUACAUACCUAAUAGUUUAGUAUUGUCAUCUGCCUGACAACUUCAGAAUGAAGCUUCUUAUUUAUACCUUUUUUAAUACACUUGACGUUUCUGACUCGUGUUUUGUAACAAAUGUACCGUUGAUUUGUAGAGAAUAAAACACAACAUAAUUUGUUAAUAGUUUGAGAAGAUAACAGCAUAUUAAACUCUGAAAAAUCGCCGAUCUCGGCACUUUCCGCAUUACAAAAUAUCGGCUUGACCUCAACUUUUUCUGCUCUUAUCACGCGAGGUUGCGUUAAUACCAAUGGCGCGUCCUGGUAGGCUGGAACAGUUUUCCGCUCUGUCUGGUCAGCGUUGUCUGGCUGACCCGAAUUACUAGGCACUGGCUCAGGCAACUGAAGCUGAACUACUGCAGGAAAUAUUAUUCUAAUCAGUUUGCUAGUGUACUAUUUUCUACAUGAACAUUUGCUAAUUGUUUCUCCAAAUUUCGUUUCGAAGUUUAAAAAAAACAUGAAGUCCGUGUAGUCUACAUUUUUGAUUGAAAAGUCAAACAAGAAUUUGUCUUUUUUUUCCCCCACAAUGGACCUAGAUACUAGUUUCUAUAUUUUCUCUAAAUCCAAAUGUCCAUACUUUAAUUUUAACUUUAAUUUAACUUUUAUAAAUGUAUGUUGUGUAUAAUUAAGAUUACCUUUUUUUAUCGAUCAACAUAAUAUUUGCUCCGUAACCAAUUAAGUGAACUUAAAAGUGAAUGUUACUGGCAUUACAGUAUAUUACACAUAAAUUAUUAUUAUUGCAAUCACAACUGGUAAUCAUAAUUUAAACAGAACUACUAUAAUCUAUUUCAUUGUCCGAAUUUUGACGUUUAGCUUGUGAGAAAGGUCUCUGUAAACAGGAUUGCAAAGAUCUUAUUUUACCAGAAAACUAUUGGACUGCCAGAAACUUUCUAAAAAAGUGAACGUCAAAAUUCGGACAACAUGGACUUCAUCUCAAUGGAAGUUAUAUCUGUUUUUCGAAAUUGAAUGACAGUUCACUAUAUAAUUAUUGUGUUAUGUUGAAAUUCAGCCAACUUCUCGCUACAGAAAGAAAACUUAUGUCUCUUCUCAUAUAACGUAGUAACGUAGAACAUGGUCGUUGUAACUAUCCACCUCUGAAGGUACAAUUACUGAACUCGCAUUCGCGUUGGCCUUAGUUUCAAUCCUUUUCCAGCGAGUCUUGUUAUAUUUUAAGUAGUGUAUCUAUAUUGAGGCAAAUUUUAGACUAAAUUAUAUGUGUCGUUAAGAGCGUCUAUGGUGGAAGGCCGCGGCCUAAGAUAUGGGAGGGCUUGCUGCCUGUCGCUCAGUGGCUAUUCUGUAAUUGAAGCUACGGUAUAUCUAAAUAUGAUACAGAGACUAUAACAGCUAAUGAGCGACAGCCAUUAACCCUAGCACACCGCAGCCUUCCAAUAAAGAUGCCCACGAAAGAGCCCAUCGAAAAUUAAUAUUGAAACAUGUAAUUAAUUUGAGUUAAAAAUUAUGUAUUACUUUAGAUUUAUUUUCGUUCAUGUUACGUAGCGUUUUCUUUCCAUAGGCUAGUCAUAGGUUCAGCAACUUAACCAAAGUAAGUUUACUCUUGGUUAUUGAGCACUAUAUAUAUAUAUAAUACAUAUAAAGUUGACAUAUAUACACAACGAGUAUUUAAAACAUACGUACAAACUUCGGCAGGCUGUUUCUGGAAAGAAUACAAGACGAAAGCCUAAUAACCACUUUACUCAUAAAUCGAGUUACGAACCUCCGAAAAUGGAAUUUUCUAUAUCUUGAAAUUAACAUCAUCAGUAAGUAAACUGUGGCAUAUGAUUUUUUAGGAAGGAAACUUUACACCUUGCAAACGUGCUUUGUAAUGCCUGCCCUGGUUUAUUUUUUAUUUUUUAUUAGCUUUUCAGGUGAUAAAAUUUGCUAAAACAGAAAUGCCGUUAUAUUCUUUGAAGGAUGUUCAUUACAACCCACGUAUCUCGUGGUGAACAAUUUGCAUUCUACAAAAUCAUCAGACGCAGUGCAAGUUAUUCAAGAAUAGGAAAAUUUUAUUUUUGGGGGUUCAAAACUCCGAAUCCAUUUACGAGAAAAGUAUGGUACACAGGUUUUCGUCUUGUAUUUUCGCCAGGAAUAUUCUGCCAGAAUUUGUCAGUAUGUUUUAGAUACACGUUGUACAUAUAUAGAAUGCAUUAGAAAGUUUACACACACACACACAAACACACACAUAUAUAUAUAUAUAUAAAUAGAAUACAGGAAAAAAAUUAGUUGUCUGUAAAGUCGGUUUACGGACGAUAGUUUAACGUGAUAACGUCAUAAAAAAACAUUGAUGAAAUGAUUGCAUACUUUUAUGAAUAAAAUUGAAUCAUUUUUAUUGAAUUAUCACUAUUUUGUAUGGAUACAAAGGAGUGAAAUGAAAUCUACAAUUUAAUUGAUAAAUUUACUUUUAUUUGCACUCAUUAAUUAAAUUAUUUUUAUUACUUUAACGAAGAGAUUAUUUUAACUAUAACGUUUAUACAUGUUUGCAAUUUAACUUCUUCCAAUCUGUGUUAUUCUGUUAAGAAUAUGACGAAGAUAAGAAAAGUAGGAAACGAAUGGGAGUGUUUCAAGGAUGAUGUGAAGAAAAAUGGCUUACCCAAUACCAAGAUGCUGUCAAAAAUAAUAUAUUUGCGCCACAGACUCUGCAGCAAUGCUAGGAGGAACGGGUUAGCAAAGAGCAAUGAAAAUGUUACAUUGAAAUGCAUGAAAACAGAAUUAGCCACGGACUCGGUCGCAAUGCUAGGAGGUUCAGGUUAGCAAAGAGAAAUAUAAUAUGAGCGUAACGGGAUACAGAGAAACGGGACAAUGUGCGUAACGGGACACUUUUUCGUGCGUUGAGCCGGCGUUCAUAGAUUUAUUAGACGUGGUCACGUCAAAAAUUUUACACAUAUAAUAUAUAGAAUACAUUACUAACUUAAAAAAUGUAUAUAGAAUACAUUAGAAAGUUGACAUUCCGUGUUCGGCCCUUGCAAGAAUCGAAGUUUUACAAUUCGCAUCCACAAAAUAAUAAGUAAUGUGUGCAGAAAAGAUAAAAGAUUAUGGAGUAUAUAUUAAGUUAACGAUAUGAAAUGAAUUUACAGUAGGAUAGGUCUUACAGUAAAGCACACAAAAACACAUUUACUAUGUACUUCUUGCAUCAGAAAAUAGCUUUGGCGAAACCUUGUAUUCAUUCAAACCUUCUUUUGAAAGUUAGCCUAUCUUGUGUACAUGCAUCGUAGUUAAAACAAAAUUUUGUUUCAAUUUAUACAGUUAAAAAUAGUAAGGAACAUAUUCACAUAUCAUUAUAAUUUAGGUAACUAUUCUAUAUGUAAAUUAAUCAUAAAUAUACCUUACAAAAUGGCGGGUUUUAAAGCAUGCUUACUUAUAAUAGGCCUUUUUAUACAUUUUUAUAUUGAACCCUAGAAUACCGCACAUAACAUAUAUUUUGGGUUAAAGUUACAAGAACAGUGAGAUACUUAAUUACUAACAAUAUGUAGGCUACACUGAUACAAUUAUGAUUGCUACAAUGAAUAUUUCAAACAUAAAAGAAAACAUCUGUUGUUUGAGUUAAUAUGCACACAACUGACACUUGUAAAAGCUCAACUAACCAAAAAAUGUUUUCAUAAAUCGUACGCCUCUAGGUACAUAAUUACAUAACGAAGUAGUCUUUUUUUACAUUAUUCUACUAUAACUGGGCUCCACUUGCAUUCAAACAUGCUAAAUGUUACUAAGAUUACUUUCUUGUGUAACUAGAGAAUUUGACUUGGAAUAAAUUAAUGUUGUAGAUAAAUUCAAACCUAUAAUGUCGGUUUUUAAAUAAAUAAAAUGAAAUUAUACAGAUGCUUUGAAUAAUAAUAGACCAUUAGCUUCAUUUUGAAUACAAAUAGUGAUCGAACGGUGCGCGAUUGUUAAAGUCGCUAGUAGCUAAAGUAUUGGCGCCUACGGAACUGUAUUUGAUGUUCUGAAACAUUGUUAGAUAGUGUUAUAAAGAUAAGUAUUAGUAACGGUUGUUCUUAAAUUUCAUUAAGAUCUUCGGGGUAUCGAAUUGCUUCGAAUCUGUAGGUUCCAACAAGUCUUUGAGCGAUAAAAUACAUAAACUUUCAAGUUAUUUUCCACCAAUAAGUAUUUUAAAUUUACUAUAUAAAGUAUGUCAAAAUUUAUUUUGAAAUGAAGCAUAAUCUUAGUAGAAAACCACAUAUGAUACCACAAAUUAACGAUUAAUUGUUAAUGAAGCUGGAAUAGUACUUUAGUAGUCAUUGCAAUUUGUUUUCUAUUCAUCUGUUCAUGCGUAUUUAUGAAAUUUUUAGACACGUGAGAUUUUUUACAAUGUUCUCCAGUAUCAGUCGCGGUGAAAAUUACGAUUAUUGUAAUGUACUCGCACAAAACAGAACAAGGGUACAAAAGGCUUCACCACCAAAAGUAGAACACAUUAAAUAAUUGAAGCUAUAGCAUCUCGUAAGAUUCGUUUACCGUGCCCAAAAGUUUGAAAUACUCCUCACUUACAAAUAAGUGUAACUAUGUUACACUGCGUACUGAUACAAACAUUUCGGGACCAAUAACAUUUUACGAUGUAAUUAUAAUAUUCUAUUAAACUGUACUCCCCCGUGCAUCCAUGUUCCCCUCUGUCAAACCCAUAACACCCAUUCACUUGCCUUUAAUGGUAGACGCGGUACUUGCUUACAGCACUACACCUUAUCUUUCAGGUCGCACGUCGACCUCGGCCGGCAGCUAGUGCUAUAGCACGUCCCACUCAGAUUGGAGUACAUGGCUUAUGGCGCGCGCUGUUGCCAAAUCUCUAACACAUUACGAAUUUCAGGAGAUGCGUGUCUUUGUAAUUCGGAUCGAACAAGAAGCAUUUUAAUAAAUCAUAUCGUAAUUUAUAAUAUUUUAUACUAUUACACAUAUAAAUUUGUAAUAAUGCCACUUUUAUAUAAAUUUCAAAUAAAAACUACCUUUUGUAGACGAAAAUUUCUUAUAGUUUUCUUUUAUGUUCUAAAAAUCCCAUAUAUAUAUAACAUUUUCAUGGGCCCGAUAAAUGCCGUAUUUUUGGACAAGUCAUGUCCAAAAUGAUAAAUAAAAUACGGUAAUGGAAAUUCUCGGUUGAGUAAGUUAUGGGAAAAAUCCGAACAAUUGGUUCGAAAUGGGGACAAUUUUUUGAAAAACAGAAAAAUCGCAACAACUCCCAUAAUAUGAAUAAUAUCGAAUCCGUUUUAACGUAUGAUAACUCGGAGUACCUUAUGCCGAAAAAUGUUUUCUAAAUAAAUUUUUGAUACGACCAGCCAUAACUGCAUGGGUUCGAAAAAAAAUUUCACCGGAAAAAAAAACGUAACUGCCUUAGUAGACACCUUAUAAAAUCUGUUUAAAUUGUUUGUAAAUAUCAUAAUUAUUUUCCAAAACUUUGUCUAAAACAAUAUUUGUUGAAAUGUUUGGUGUUGAGAAGGAUAGAAAAAUAAUUCAAAAUUUUGUACCAUGAUCACUAUUAAAUUCCUUCGUAUUUAUUUCAUACAUUUUACAUAUUAUGUUCAAGAAUCGAUAAAAAUAUUUUUGUUGACUAAGGAAGCCAUGUAUUUGAAAUUGCUUGUAGGACAGAACCCCACUUAUCUAAACACACGACCCUGUUUCCUCUUACGAUGGCAGCGCGCGCUCUUGUACUGAUAAGACACAUCUUUAACAGCUAUUUCCACGGAAACUGUAGAAGCAAUUGAGAUGGAGCUGCUUUUAAAAACUAAUUCAAUUCAUUGUGAACAUUUUUCAGGCUUUCGUCCCCCAUCUAUCUUUAAUAGAAAAAAAAAUUUCCGCGGGUCAACUUUUUGAUGUGUCAGUUUGUGAGAAAAUUCAUUUCAAUAUAUUAAAAAAACUUAUUUAAGUGAAACCUGUACAGUUUUUGUCUUAACAUUUUUUCGGUGGCGUCCUAAGGCAUUAAUUUAUUAAUAAAAAAAAUCUGAAUGAAAUACACAUGUAGGUUUUUUUUUGAUGUGAAACAUAUCGGAAUACUUCAAAACAGUUCGCAGCGAAUAAGUUAUGUUUUUUUAAUUUUUUCGGACACUAAAAAUAUUGUUAAGUAAUCAAAAUACGCAUUUCCUGAUGCGUAUUUCGAUGCUAUACAAUAUGAAAAAAAGCUUGGUCCAAAAAUUAAAAUUAUAAUUUCGUUUGAUAUUUGGCAACAACGCACGAAGAAACAAGGACAGUGCUAACGGCAAUCGGCGUUUGUUAGAGAGAGAGAGAAUGUGCCCAUUUACUUCCACACUGCAAUCUAAGAGUGGGAUGCUCUAUAGAUAGUGAACUGGCAAUGCAGUUGUGGCGUAUACCUAUAUUUUGGACGUUUAGUAUUUGUUUAUACUGUUUUAUGUGAUGUCAGCAACAAUUAACAUUAAUGUGUGUCCAGAUGUAGCAAUCCCAAAUAUGUAAUGACCAAAAAGAGUCCUGGAUAAAUGUUUUAAAUUCUUUAAACUAAUGUUUUUAAUAGACGCGAUAUAUAAUUGCUAUGCUACGCUUAUUUGAUAAGUUUCCAUUCACGUGUGACAUUUGAAGAGUAGUAUUGCAUAAGGCUGUACGAACGUUCGAAAUUUCGAACUCGAACCUUUAAAAUAGUUCGGUUCAAGUUCGUGUCAACAAAUUUGGGUUCAAGUUCGUUUUUUGUGACAACACUAGAACUUGUUAGUUUCCACAUUUUAAUAAUACUAGAAAUACGAUUUUAUGUAUGCUCACGGCAAGGGCGCCCAUAUGGCAGUUUGUAAGGGGGGGGGGGGGGCAGUCUAUAAAAUAGUUUGUAAGGGGAGGGGGCAGACCUUCAAAAACUGACCAAAAAGUGUCAAAAAUUACAAUUUGCCAAAAAUCCUAAAAAACCCAUACAUUUUUUCCUCUUCCUGAAAGCUGGGGGAGGCGGCCACAGCCCUACCCUGCUCAUGGGUAUGGGUGCCCUUGGCCCUACGGUUCCAAGGAUGGCAUUCGUAAAAUUUCCCCCCCCCCCCCCUUUCCUUUUCACACCAUUUUAUUUCUUUAACUUUUCGAACUAAAUAUAUAUGGUAUUACUUGUGUGUAUUUUGUUGUUAUAAACAACAUAUAAUUAAAUAUUAACGACUAUUACUGCAACGAGGCGGGGGGGGGGGGAAACCUCCGACCGUAGCGUGUGAACUAGAGCUGUAGCAAACCGUAUGUAUUCGUUACUGAGUAACGGGUGCGCCAUCUAUAUACGAGUAACGAAAUGUUACACACGGCUGCAUUUCGUUACUCGCAUUUUUCGUAUGUUUCACGCAUUCGAUGAAUUUACGUUACAAAGAACGAUGUUUGUUUAUUAAGUAAAGUAUAAUUUGGAAAUUCGUCGUACAAGUUUUUUACUGUUUAUUAAAGGUAUUGUGUGUGUAGACAAAGUUUGAGAUUGAAACAGAAACAACGUAAGAAAGUAUUUUUUACAAAUUAGAAAUAUGUAUGUUUUGUUUUUUAUUAUCGCGAAUUUUCACGUUUUUUUAUUAUCUUAAAAGCGAUAAUAUAAUAAAGCCGCUCUAAUGAGAUUUAAUUGUUUCUUGGUUAACAAAAACGGCUAAUUAACAAAUAUUGUUAAUUGUAUAUAUUCUAUUUAUUAUUAUUUACGCGACGUCAUACUGUACGCGUACGCAAUACGACUUGAUUCGUUGCAUGUUAUGCGGUAUCAGAAGUAACGAGUAGCGAUACGAUAGUAACGAGUACUGAUUGUUAUAGUAACGAAUACGUACGGGUACACAUUUUUUCGUUACUUUUACACCUCUAGUGUGAACGUGGAAUGCGCACUGGCCCGCCCCGCCAGCCCGGCGCCGCGCCGCCCGCACUUUCCCGCGCUAUCUUCCCACGCUGCGACCGGUCUCGGAUGCUACAGUCUCUGCGCUGCUGUUAUUUGAAAUAUUCAGAUACAUGGAAAGUGUUAUACACUCGUUUUAAAGAUUUUGCAAUCAAAAACAAACUAAUAUCAUCAAUUUAAAAAUAAGUUACCUAACUUUUAUUUUUCCGCCUUGCAGAAAGAAGCAGAUUUCCUUUGUCACUAUUCUUUUUAAAACGCGUCUUAUUGCCACCAAUUGCAGCGUUUCCCACCUAUUUCAAUUUAAAAAUGUGGCUUGGUGGUAGCGCGAUACAACAAAACAAGUAGUGACGACCUCCGUCAUGUGCGACAUCUGUUAUGUGUUACUGCAAUGAACCUCUGCGUGCGGAGUGCCCGACAUCUGUGUGUGGACGCGUGAACUACGAUGUGUAAAAUUCGUUCUUCGUCUACCGAUUACAAAGGUUACGGCGGAACAGAUUUUUCAGCUGAUAUUGCUUCUAAAUGCAUCCUGCUGUUUCUAACUCAUGCACACAUAUGUGUUGUAUAAUAUUAUUAUUUUGUUUCCCAUUUCCAAUCAAAUUAUACUAGCAUUCGUCUACUAAACUUCGCCGUUUUUAGGAAUAAUUAGUUAAUAAAAUAAGACGCAUACCGAAAUUUCGAGUAAUAACAUUUUAAGAUCCAUCCUUACUCUGUAAAUAAUAUUUUACCAAAAUCCAAUUUAUGUCAUGGCAUUUACAGAAUCUGCUCCACCGCAAACAUCGAUUUUGCUACUCGGAACCACAUGUAUCGCGCACUCUUAAGGCACACAACAACUGCAACUUUUUUUUUUACUUGGUCUACGAUUGUCCGUUGCAAUAGGCUGUUAGAACCACCCACCAUAACUUCUGGCCAAUCCAGGCACUCGUUUGUUCACUAGCGAACCCGGCCUUCAUUUGUUAGUGUUUUGAUCCUUUUUAAUUUUCCCUUGAGACUUUGUGUUUUGUUCCGUUCCAUGCAGUGAACUACAGAACGGGCAUGGCGUCGUUUAUCUUUUGAAGGCUAUUUUCACGUGGAAUAAGAUGAAUACAAAGCUUAUUACGUGAAUUUAAAGGCGUUGUUUCAGGUGAAGUUAGUUUUUGAUGCGAUCAUAAAAAAAUAAAGUGCAUUUUGAUAAAGAAGCAAUACCAAUUCUCAUUUUGAAAACUACCAAGCUGAUACGAAAACACAUGGCUUUUGUGUGCGGUUAUGUUUUUGCAUUUUUUCUAACUAUUUUUUUAAUUACUUUUUUUUCAACCGUUAUAAUCCGUGAGUUCUGUUGCGUGACACUUAAUUGUGUAUAAAAAAAUAUGCAUAACUGAACAUGUUUUUCCCCAGAAUCGUUAGUUAACAUUGUAAGAAUGUAAGAGUAUUGCAUGUUGUAAUGCUGCUAUUGUAAUUCUCUAAGUAGGCCCGUUAUAUUGCUAGGUGUGAAUUUGUAAUAGUUUUUGUAUUUGUGUAGUAAUAUUUUUUUAAGAAUUCAUAAACAAUAAUUUUUUAACCUAACCUGAAAAUAUUAAUAUGUACUUUUUUUUUAGCUUAGAGAUGUCGAAGAAACCACUUUUAAGGAGAAUUGGCUCAAGUAGUCACAGUUUCAGCAUAUCAAACCCUCUGCUAAAAACAUAAAUUCUGCGUACUGCACUUUGUGCUAGAAAAGUAUUCAAUUCAGCAAUAUGGGCCAAAGAGCUCUCACCAGCCAUGUCGAAGGAAAAAAACACAUUCGCAAUUCUGCCGUCAAAAUAACACAAUAAAAAAACCUUGUUUUACCUCAUGUUGAAAUUUUUAUAUUAUAUUUAAUCAUAUGCAUUUUAAUAUUUAUGGUAUGUACUUCAUAAGAAAGUCAGGGAAUUUUUCUCUUAAAUUAUUGGAAAACAGGGAAAAGUCAGGGAAUUAUAAGAUUCUAUUUCUGUAGCAACCAUGAUCUAUUACGACCCCCCCCCCCCCCCCCCCCCCCCUCUAUAACGACCCUAUUCCUGGGAACCGUGAGGGGUCGUUUCAGAGAGGUUUGACUAUGUAAAAAUGAUGAUUUGGACAAGAUAGUGAUUUAUUUUGACCUUAUUAAACAUGCCAUUAAACAAGUGUAUUCUAUGUACUUCUUCAUGUUUAAUUCCUCAUAUCGUAUUAAACAGUCAGAAAGACAGUUCUAGCCAUUUAUGUGAAGCUUUAUGAUGACUAGAAAUAUAUUGUGCGAAACCUCUAUUUAACAAACCCCUUUACAACAAACACAACAAAUUUUGGUCCCUUGAGAUUUGUUAAAUAGAGGUUUCACUGUAUUACUGAAUUGACUAGGACCAUAAUUUUGAACACUAUUCAACGGUGACACUACAAAGGCUGGGGGUGUUGAAGUUCCUGGUUGAUCUGCUGACAUGGGAGGGAGCAAUACUGGUGAAGGUGACGAAAAUGUGGAAGUUAAAUAGGGAGACUUGGAGGCCAAAUUAUUUGCCUGAACUGAAGUGGAAGACAGAGUUGUAUUAUAAUUUUUAAACUCGUAUUCAUUCACCAGUUCUGCUAUUCUGCCCUUUAUCUCUAUCUGCAAUGGCUUGCUGAAUGUUCUUACUGUCUCUUCCAUUGCAAGGAAAAAUGUUGACAAAGCAUCACAAUGAUCGUCACUUUUUCGUUUCUGCGAGUCAAAAUAAUCUUUCAAGACAAGAGACUUUGGUGGUGCAUGCUUCUCAUUUUGGUGAACUCGCUUUAAUUGAUGUCUGGAAUUAGGAUGCUCAUCCGGAGGAGUUGUAGCACUUUGUGCAAUGGGCGAAGUGGCCAAAUGCUGUUCGGCGGGUACCUAAAUGGGGUGUAACUGAUGCUGCUUCAGUUGGAGUGUCAAUGCUUCCAUUUUCUUCAUAAACAUCAUCAAGUGGUGCCAAGUUGGAAACCUGAGGUCUUUCCCCUAUAUGAGGGAUCAAAAAUCUCAUGUAUGCUUCAUAUUUCCAUGGUUUUGUUUCAACUGCGCUCUGCCCACGCUUUGUCUGGCGUUUUCGUAAUGCCUUCCGAAAACUCUCUCUUAGUGCAGUAUAUCUUUUCUUGCAUGCAGUAACUGGAACAAUAGAAGUAAUGAGUAACAUUAGCUCAUGGAGCUUAGGCAAAUAAAAUGCUAUUACCCAAUAUAUACAGUUUACUAACAUUAAUAAUAUUAUAAUGUAAUGCGCAACUGUAUCCUAUUAAGGGGGAAGUUUUCCUACAUGCUUUAAUUUAUUGAAAUGUUUAAAGCUACUUUAUAUUUGUUAUAUCUUAAGUAUGGCACAGAGCAUGUCUUAACAGGUAUUUGGAGGUCAAUUUAUUUAAUCAACAUUACCAAUGUGGCCUGUGUCACUGACAAUUAAGAGUUAACUAAUUAGCCUAUUUAUUGCUGCCAGUCUCACAUCAGAAAUAGUGAAUGACAAUCUGCUCAAUUCAGCAUCAAAACCUAAUUACAGUAUUGCUACAUGUCAUGACUGCCUGUGAAUGUCAAUAAUAAGUAGGGCCCCACUUUCAUGGUAAAUAAAAUUAACAGAUUUCGUCAUAAAAAUACGUAGUCUCAUUUCGUCAUAAAAAACUGCUCUCUAAAAUCAUGGGGAAAAAUGUAAAAAUACAAAACCAAUACAUAAAAAUAUAAACCAUACUACAAUCAUAAUCCUUAAAUUAUACUAGUGAUUUUGAGUUCCGUAAAAGUAAUUUUAACACUAUCAGAGUUUAAAAAUCAUUAAAAGAAUAGGCCUAUGUACAUAAAUAAAAAAAACAUGUGUUUCCAGAAUUGACAGUUCAGUCCAAGUCCAUUUGUUCACCAUUUUAUAUUUUACUGCCAAAAUAUAAUGACAUCAUUAGUUCAGAAUUUUCAGGUUUCAAACUUCGUCUUUUAUCUGAGAAAAUGUCGGAGUAUGCAGAAAAACAUCUUUCAGAGUCAACAUUAGAUGCAGGUAUCCAUACAGCUUUCAGUGCAUUGCUUGCAAAAACUGGAUGGUCAAUUUUCAAAGCGAGAAGAAUUAGAAUAAUGUCAACACUGCCUUCACAAUUUUUUACUUUCUCAGCCACUAUUUCUUUGAAUACUAAAUAUCCUUCCAAAAAUUCUCUGCUGGGAUGGUAGAAACAAAUGGAUGAAAAUUUCCUGCCUUGGCCAAAUCUUUAUUCACUUCAUUUAACAUUACUUCACGUUGGUUAAAAAGCUUCCCUAAUUAUUUGAAAAAUAGUUUGGAAGGAUCUUCAGCAAUCAAUUUCAACAAUUUGGUUUGUGAUUUCAACCCACAUGACUGAAAUUGGGACUUAAGCAACCCUUGUUUCACAUCUGACAAUGACUUAAGACAUGUGGCUGUUUUCAAACCAAACUGAAAAACAGUUGAAAAACAGUUGAAAGCUUUUUGAUAAAUCUGCAAGCUUUCCGCCGAUCAAGUGAGCCAUGGCGUAGUUUGAUCCCUCCAGCUGUUUGGUCAGUUCAACCAAAGCACAUCCAUGUUCUACAAGAAACUGAGCUUGGCACUGAAUAACACUGAUCUCUUCCCUUGACAAGUCUGCAAAAUACUUCAAAGCUUCAGACUCUACUUCUAGUGAUUUCAGGUAGGUCACCAAGUCACCAAUGUAUGUGUUUACAUAUCCCACAGCCUCGAACCACGAGCCCCACCUGGUAAGAAAUGGAGUUGGAAACAAAACAUGUGGUUUUUCUUGGCUAUGAUACUGCUCUUUCAGAAAACAUAAAUAUCUGUAUUUCCUUUUGCGUGUGUUCAGAAAUGCAGUUUUUGUUUUGCUUACAAAAGUGUUCAACUCUGGCAGGGAUUGGGGCCAAAUAUUUUGUACAAUGUUAAGUUUGUGACUCCAACACUGUAUGUGGAGGACAGCCUUAUCCUCGGAUGAAAGAAUAACUUGCAAAGAAUUUACACACUUUGUCAUGUAACGUGCACUGUCAGACACUAUUGCAACUACUCUUAUAUGUUCAACCUGGUAUUUUGUCAGUACUUCCAGAAUUGCUCGUAAGCACUCACUCACAUUUUUAUUCUCCAGAACUUUUACUUCACCCACAAGAAGAGUUUGCUUGUCUGUUGAUUGCAAUGUUUUUAUAAGGACCACAAAAACACACUGUCCCUUUUUAUCAGUGGUCUCGUCACAUAGAAUCGCUACAUCCUGAUCUUUGAUAGAUUCCCGCCACUCUUCUUCAGCCAAUGCUUGGAUUUUAGGUACAUAGGUCUCACGCAAGGUUUUUACGCAUGGUAACUGCCCUCCGUCUGUAAACAAAUAUGUUUUAAAACAAUAAAAUAUGGCCAGGGAGGGUGAAAGAACAGAACCAAAACUAAACAAUCAAAAUAUAUAUUUGUACAGCAAAACAGCUUUACCUGGGACAAAUGUUUCCACGAAACUUUUUAUUGCAGGAUUGCCUAGUUUCCCCAAAGGAAUGUUUGCUUCCAUGAAGGCCUUUGUCAAAGAAGUGACAAAUAUGUCUUUGUCAACCUUGGUCUUCUUGUCCAACUGAAAGCUGUCUGCGUGCGCCGUAUUUAUUUUUACAAGUACAAAAAAAAAUUUCGCAUCUGCCGGGUUUCGAACCGACAACCUUCAGUUUAAGAGUUAGGUACGCUAACCACACGCCCACGAGGCCAUACUAAGAUAAUGUAGUUUCAAAUGUUAUAUAUAAAUAUAUAUAUAUAUAUAUAUAUAUAUAUAUAUAUAUAAACUUUGUUUACGGUACGGGUAUAAUAUUAACAUGAUUUUAUAACAAAUACGCAUCCCAAAUACACCAAACUUAUUUAUAAUGUGUUACAAUAUUUUUUAAAACAUUGUGCAAAAGAUCCUGGGUGUAAUUUGAAUUAUUAUGUGUAACUGUAAAACACCAUUGUUGGUUCAAAACGUAUUUGAAUAUUCAACAUUACUUUUAAAUAACCGUACCGAUUGUGCUGAAAAUUGGUGGACGAUCGUUAAAUUACAUAAUAUUAAUAAUUCAAACGACGAAAAUAUGAUUGAAAAGUCAAAUCGAUGGUUGUUCCAAUCGAGUGGACGAGAGAUAGAUGCGGCGGCGCAAGCGUACAAUGAGCGUAACGGGACACAGCAUAACGGUAAAAUGUGCGUAACGGGACACUUUUUCGUGCGUGCAGCCGGUGUUCAUCGAUUUAUUAGACAUCCCGUCAAUAAACCGUAAAUGGGACCGAGUAUUAUGGAAAUGUUAAACUAAUGAAAUACAGGAAGAAAACUAUGAUUUUAAGCGUAAACGUGAUAGCGAAGUAUAUAUUCUUGAAUCAAUACUUUAGAACUCAAAACGUCUCGCAAAAGUCGUAUUCAUACAGUUGCUACCGAAGCCAUUAUGUUUGUUUUGAUACAUGUACGAAGAUGAAAAGUGGUUAAUAAAGUAGUCUUUAAGUGGGAAAUUUGUGUUUAGGAAUCUGUACUGAUUUUAAAAUGUUGCCUAUGUUGUUAUUAAUUUAAUUGACCUUUCCAAUCCAAAAAUCGUGUACAAGUAAGCAGAUGUCGGGUCAAUUUCGCGAAAAGUGUUUUUGACGUGACAACGUCUAAUAAAUCGAAGGCUCGCUGCACGCACGAAAUUGUCCCACUACGGAUGUCCCACUACGGAUGUCCCACUACGAAUGACGAUUGUGUUUACGCUUGCGUGGCAUAUCUCUGGUAUGUUGCGGACGGUACAGAGAAAUCGGCCGGCACGUGGCGGCGUACUGGUUCGAGGUUAUUGUUGUGCACCGUGCCACGGGAGUAUAUUCGCAAGGAAAUGGUGUUCUUACAAGUUCGUAUUAUUUUAAUUACUAGUGUAAAUCAGUAUAUUUAAACAGUGUUGUAUGAGUAUUGUUUUAGCUGUGUAACUAAAUAUUUAUUGCUGGUAUGAUACUUUUCACGCUUCAGUUUGACAUUGGUAAUCAUUUGUCAUGAGUUAUUAUUUGAUCAACUAAAUCACACACUGUAUUAUAGUUAUGAGCCCACGAGCGUGUAAAUAUUUUGAAUCCAACAGAGAAUAUGCUAGUUAAAAGAAAUUCAAACAAAUAUAGUGCGUGGAAUAUUAUUAAUUUAUACCAUAUGAAACAAUUAUUCUCAAUAUGGUCUCGUGGCCGUGUGGUUAGCAUGGAUGACUUCCAAUCUCAAAGGUUAUCGGUUCGAAUCUUGGCAGCUGCGAAUUUUUUUUUUGUACUUGUCAAAAUAAAUACGGCGCACGCAACAUUUCAAAAGUAAUAAAUAUAUUUGAAUUAAUGAAUGCAAAUAAAAGUAAAUUUAUUAAUUAAAUUGUACAUUUCAUUUUACUCCUUCUUUGUAUCCAUACAAAAUAGUGAUAAUUCAAUGAUAUUGAUUCAAUUUUAUUCAUAAAAGUAUGCAGAAGUAGAUUUUAUCAUACAAAAGAUAGAAAAAGUAAAAAAAAUUUCUUCCUCAAAGAAUAUAAUGUUUUUAAUGCCUAAAUGGUUUGGUUGCAAAAACCUAUUAUGGCUCAGUCUCAGGUCGAAUAUGAUAUUUCAUUUUCUUCUGGAUCAAUAAUUUCAUCAAUGUUUUGUUAUGAAUUUGUCACGUUAAACUAUCGUCCGUAAACCGACUUUACAGACAACCAAUUUUUUUGUGUGGAAUUUUGUGUUUUAAUUAAAAUUGCUAACAUUUCGCUUUUUUUCGCGGUUCGCGAAAAUUUCAGUGCCCUAAUAAUAAGGUAUAAAUUUGAGUUAAAAGAAUAUAACAAACAAAUCAAUACAUGUAGGAAACUACUCCCUCAACAUCCUUAGCUUUAAAUUAAAUUUGUUAUUUACUUUUAUUCAGACAUACGUCGGUUUAUAUGUUUCAGAUUCCUCGGCCAUAUAAAUUAGAUCAAGAGCCUCUCUUUUAGCUACAGGCUAGGCUAUACGACUGUUCGCACCAUCAUCUACGAAACGUUAGAUCUGAUAUGGGAAACUCUUGCCCCGAAAGUUAUGCCUCCACCAACAGAAGAGCACUGGAAAGCAAUUGAAGAGGAUAUUUCUAGCAUGUGGAAUUUUCCAAAUUGCAUGGGAGCUGUAGACAGAAAACAUGUGUCUUCGAAUAACCUCCAAUACCUGGCUCUUUAUACUAUAACUACAAGCAUCAGUUCAGAAUUGUUCUGUUAGCUUUAGUAGAUGCCAACUACCGGUUUAUUACAGUUGAUUUAGGGGCCUAUGGGAGGAACAGCGACGGCGGAAUAUUUCGUUCAUCUUCGCUAGGAAAACGUUUGGCAUCACACAAAUUGAACAUUCCUCCCGAUAAAGUUCUGCAUUCUACUGAUGUAGUACUUCCUCAUGUAAUUGUGGGAGACGAAGCCUUUCCUCUACAAAGGCAUCUAAUGAGGCCAUAUCCUGGAGCGCAAUCUACGUAUGAUGAAUCGAUGAAAGUUUACAAUUACCGGCAUAGUAGAGCAAGGCGUGUCAGCGAAAAUGCUUUUGGUCUACUAACAAAAUUAUUUCAUGUUUUUUCCAUUAAAUACAACUUUCUUCCACAGAACAUGGAGAAAAUUGUGCUAGCUACAACAGUUCUUCAUAAUUUGUUGCAGAAUGAUGUGUGUGCAUGGGAACCUGCAGAACUGGAAAACGACAACAAAAUCUGUGCUCUCCAACAGUUGCCUAGAGUUGGCGGGAAUAUCGCAGCACUUGCAAGCAACAUAAGAGACUCAUUCAGAAACUAUUUCGUCUCUGAACAUGGUAGUGUACCGUGGCAAAUGUAUCACGUUUACAGUGGCAGGCAUGCCUGGCCUUAAUGUAAAAUAAACAUACUUGCACUUUCGCGAUAAAUUUCAUAGUAGGCCUAUAUAAGAUGAAUCGCAAUCACUUUGGAAUAUUGUGUAAUUGUUAUUCACACAUCAUUGUCGGUUUACAAACAGGAGAUAAUAUUCUAUUUAGUAAUGUGUGGAAAUAUGCUGGAGUCGAUUUGAAAUGCCGUGUAGGCCCACAGACAGUGCACAGUCGAACCGGUAAAGAUUUAUAUACACAAAACUUGUUGUGUGAUUUUAUAAACUGUUGCGGACAUACUGCAUUGUUUAAUAACUUUUAAUCCUUUUUUUUUUCUGAUGUUAACCUGAAGUAUUUUUUGGAAAAUACAUGGCAAACAAUUUUUAAGUUGUGUGUAGCAUCUGCAACAAUAUAGUUUUGAGAAAACAGAUAAAAUUGUUUUUCUUUGAAUAAAAAUAGCGACAUACCAAAAAUUCUUUCGCGAGCACUUUCGACAGUCCUAGACAUAAUAUUUCUGUACAACAAUGCAGUAAACAUGUUUCUGCAAUAAUAAUGUAAUGUAUUGUCACGGUACAAUAACACGAACUAACUUGGCAUUGUACAAAUCGAAGCUACAUUGGAUGCUCUAACAAUUAUAAUAUUACUACUACUACUACAUUUAAUGAUUAUAGUAGUAAUAAUAAUAAUAAUAAUAACAACAGCAGAACCAAAAGAAGUAGCUACUUACGUGUACACUUCUCAAAUUUCUCGCUUAUUUCUUUCCACGCAUUCUCUUGCCUAGACGCAUCAUGAAAAUACACUUGUGACGUAUAGCAUAUGGUACUUUCUCACUGCUUCAAUUAAUAGUUCUUCGUUCAUUUCCAUUACCAUUUCUAAGCACUAAUUUUACCAGACUAGCCGGUCGGCCGACUGGCGGAACGGAAAUUAUUCUUUGCAGACGAUUCUAGAUGGUGCCGUGCUGAGCCGAGCCGAGCCGAGCCGAGCCGAGCUGAGCCGGGACAAUACUGUGGAUUACCUCGUGUACAAAUGCAUGCAUACUUAUUUUUCUGUUCCGGUCGGUGCCGCGCCGUGCCGUGCCGUGCCGAGCCGGGCCGAUCCGAUUCAGUGGGUUUCGUGCUUAACACACAAAGAAAAAAGGACAGCUGCUUUAAGUAGUGGGUCAGGAAUCAAACGGCAGUUGUCUGUGCUCGAGUGUGCUUCUACUUCGGCAACUAAGACAGCAAUUUGUGCAACGACGAAAGCUUUCAUGAGUGCGAAUGUUCCGCUAGAGAAAUUGGAUCAUCCAUCUCUAAGGGAGUGGUUUACUACAUACAUUCAAGGAACAGGUGAUUUACCCAAAGCAGAAUCACUGCGGCAGAAUUAUGUUCCACUUGUACAAGAGCAACAAGAAUAUCAUAUUAAAGAGUGCCUUUGAGGAAAGAAAAUCGCAGUGUUCUGCGACGAAAUGACUGACAGAAAAGGACAGUGUGUAUUCAUAGUACUGUUAAAAACAAUGGUAGAUUUUUCAGUGCUAGACCUUUUCAUUGGAUCUGUUUCUGUCUUGAAAUCAUCUACAGCGAAUGAAUGCUCAAGGGCACUUCUAGACUGUUUCAGAAAAUUUGAAGUGAAGUAUGACGACAUUGUCUGCAUUGUGAGUGAUAGUGCACGCUUUAUGACAAAGUGCAUUAACUCAAUGAAAGUUCUUAUAUCAGAAGAACUGUUGCAUGUGCAAUGCUGGGACCACAAACUCAGUAUUAUUCAGUCUUUAUGGCCACAAGCACUGCCGGAAUUGAAUGAAUGCAUUGCGAAGACUAAGCAGCUGUUUCAAAAUACUCGCCAAAGGAAACACAACUAUGUCACCUUCCUGAAAGAAAAGUAUCCUGAGGGGGAGAAAGCCAGCAAUCUGUUUCCAUCACCCAUACUGACUAGAUGGAAUUCAUGGUUUUUUGCAGUUAACUACAUUGUUGAUUAUCUUGUUGAUGUAGUGGAAUAUGUUGUAUCAACAUUAGAUCUGUCAGUUCCAGCAGUUGAUUACUUCAAGAGUUUGACACAGUCUGCUAUUAAUGUUAUCAGUUGCCAAGCCACUUUUGUAAUUGAGCAUUUUGAGCAACUCCCAAAUUACAUAAUGGAACUGGAAUCUGGCAAGAAACCACUGGUGCAUAAAUUGUGCGGCAAACUUGGUGACCUCAAGAACAGUUUUGAGUUGCUGGCAGAUGGCAUCAUGGGUGACAAGACCACGAAAAUCAUCAAAACACUUCCGUAUGUUCGGUCAGGUGAGGUGAAAGCUCAGUUAAGGAGCCUAGGUGCAAAGUGUCUCACAAAAUUGAAUGAGUUAGUCUUGCAAGAUCCAGCUCGUGAGUGUUUUAAGAGCUUGGGUAUUUUGUUUGACUUGCGCAAUAUUAUCAGUAAUAUUGCUGACUAUAAACUUCAUGCUUUGACACAAAAAGUACCACUGCUCAAAGAAAACAGUAAAUUAGACUUCCUGAAAGGCUACAAAGCACUUCAAGAAUCAAUGAAGAAGCAAGACUCUGGAAACAUCCUUGAUGUUGUCUUAGGACUGAACGAGGAGCAUCCAGUUUUUGCAACAUUGGCAGCAAAUGUUUUGUGGAUGCCAGUGACCAUUGUUGACUGUGAACGUGCUUUUUCAGCUUAUGGAAAUGUAUUAACAGACAAAAGAUGCAACUUGACACCAUCCAACAUCGAAGUUAUGUUAACAUCAUAUUUUAAUUAGCAUUAUGUUGUUAUUGUACUUUUCAUAUUUUUCUACCCUUUGUGUUUUGUACUGCUGGUGAGUAACUUUUAGAAGUUCUUAUAUAAUAUAGCCCACUUUUACUCUUGUGCAUUUUUGUUUGUGUAAAAUAUGGUUUUGUUUACAAGACUGCCACAUACAGCCACUUUUUUUAACCAAAAGUUUUCAAUAAAUAAUAUAUGGGCCAAUUUUUUCCCACCGCUUUUGCAACGAAAUAUAAUAAAAUUCACCGCCUUAAUAUACCGAAACACAAUUUUUAUACCGAAAUCUGUCAUUCUUAUUUACCACAAUAGGGUCUCUACAUAUAGUCUGUUAUCUUUGUCUGAUGUUUUUUGCUGCUCCAAUAUUUUAAUUGUAUUUUCUUAUAUAUUUUACUGAUAUCUUGAGAUACUGCCGGAUCACCUUGAUUAUAUAAAAAGUAUUUUUCUAAUAGUUUCGCUGCAUCAAGUGCUUAAUAAAACUAUUUCGUAAAUACACAAAGAUUUUCGUUUACUCUCCAUGUUUACAGUUCGAAAGUCUGUAAGCAACUGCGAUAAUAACGUGUAACAACUUGACAAAAGUCUAGUGACCGAGGUAAACAUGUGCAAGUUCAUCAUACAAAAACAAAAUACAAAAUUUCUAAGAAUCUCCGGUAUGUCAGUCGAAUCAAACACGUACAGGAUAAUACAACAACAAAACAGUAAACAAAAGAACGUACACAUCUGCAGUUCGUAUCAACUUCAGCAACAGAAAUUACUGCUUAAUGAUUUAUAAUGCCGUAUUGUUGUUGUUAAAUAGAGUGAGCGUGACGCUAUAUAGAGUGUAUUAUUGUAUAGAAAACAAGGUAAACCAACCAAAGUCAAGCAAUUUCGACGUUUUAUGGAGUUUGUCAUUAAAUUGAGUGACGUUAUAAAGAGUUUACACUGUACUUUCAUUAUUUCUCUUAUGUCAUAGCUAAUUGCACACCAUUUUUUUAUGAGUGCUAUUCUAUCUGAGGCCCAAACAUGUGGUUAUUACAAAUAAAUGUAAUAAAUGGCGAUGGGCCGAGUCUUGUACACUCAAGUCGAGCAAGUAGACAAAGCUCAACUUGACUGUCGAGUUUAUUGUAUUUGGCAGGACGAGAAUCAACUAUUUUUUUCGUAUAACUCGAUGCAUAUUUUUUAUAUGUGCAACGAGCAUAAAAUUGUGGACUAUUAUUCUGCAAACACUAGAAAGUGUAAUCUCAUAUUUACAUUAUCACAGUUUUCUUAAAUUAUGGUUAAUUUUACAUAAUUACACUGCCCGAAAAACAGAAACAGUUUAUUUCACUAUUUACGUUUAAGAAACACUGGAUAUGACGCCAUUUUGGAAUUUCAUGGUGUACGUCGUAGAUUUAUAACACUAAACAAACUACAAAAUGAAAAUAUUUUGACUGGACUUUAUGUCUACAACUGCAAUUGUUAGUAUUGCUGUUUUAUACAAACAGGAAAGUGUUGCACCAUGUAUCAUCAUCUUUUUAAGUCUCUAGUAAAAUUGGGGAAUGGCUUUACUGUCUACAACAAAAAAUAUUUAUUUUACACACAAUGAAAUGCCUUUUAUUUUUUUUUACAUAAAUUCUGUGCUUGACAUUUGAAAAUGUUUUAGUAGUCCGUUUUAGAAGUCUAACCAUUGUUUCCAACCAGAAAAUAGCAGAAGAAAAAAAUACUAAUACCAAGUUAAUUAUCUGUUUGUUUAUAACAUUAAUUCCACUGGUUUCAGAAAACAUAGUGAAAAUGUAAUUCUGGAGAGCCUUUUGACAUUAAAUAUUAAAAAUUCAGAUUUAUUAUUGUUACAUUCUGAGACAUGUUUCCAAGUACAUAUUCUUACCAUUUGUAAUUUAGCUAACGUAACUUAACCACUCGUUAAAAUGGUGACUACUGUAAACUAAAUGAUGUAUCACAAAAAUCUCUUGGAAAACAUGUCAGGUAAUAAAAUACUAAAUUAUAAAAGAAAUCAUACCUACUGUGUUUUAUCUAAUAAUCGUCGCACUGUUAUUUUAGGACAUCAAAAAUCUGAGAAAAUAAUUUCUCGCAUAAAUGUCGCAGGAUGUUUUUAGAUUCCGAGCUCUUUGUGUAGGUAAUUUUCCUUUAUAAAACAAUGCAUUUUAAAGUUGAAAUCUAAUAUUCAUUCGGAUAUUACCGCUUAAUUAUUAUUUAAUUAACAGAAAUACGAAGUUGUCUGACUUGUAACGUUAUUACCUUUAUCUUUUCAUCUUCGUCACCACUGUAUACCCCUUAUAAAAAUGCAGCUGGCACUAGUUGGCAUCAUUCAUGUUUAGUUAUGUUGAUUUCCGUAUAGAGCGCACGCACAUAGUUGAAUAUCGAUACAGAUAGCUCAUUGAUUGCUUGCAACACUAGCGCUCUGUGUAGUGCCGAGUUAACUAUAUUUGAUAGCCCGCGCUUUCUCGUGGUGUGUACUAUGACUAUAGUUAUGCGCUCCGACUCACGUGCGUCACAGUUUUGGUAUUUCUAUUUAAAGUUGAACAAAAUAUUUUUGUUGCGUGACUUAAUAAUUUUAAUUGUUUGGCAUGCUUUUGUAUAGUCUACUUUUUAAAUUAACUUACGUUCCUUGAAUAGGUUUUGUUUUUAUGAAUUACUUUACCUAACAAAAAAUGCUUUUCUCACAUAAACGUCGCACUCCUACUUUUCAAACUUCAUUUUAGUAUAAAAUGUGCAACGAUUAUGCAAUAAAACACAGUAGGUAUGAUUUGACAUUGUCCAGGGCUGCACCCUCCGUCCCUACCCCUAAAUUCCUCGGCUCUAUCUGUGUGUGUGUGUGUUAGCAGUCACUGCAAGAGACAUACUUAGAAUCUGUGCCAAUUACCCUUAAUACCUAAAAAAGUAAUUAAUUCAAUUGUCAUUUUUACUUUUAUUUCAACUCCACAGGUGUAUGUGUUUAGGUUAUACAGGGUUGCUACUGUCAGGGAAAACCUGGAAAAUUCAGGGAAUUCCAUGUACACUGGAAAAGUCAGGGAAAUCAAAAAUAUUUAUGGAAUUACUAUACAGUGAAACCUCGUUUAUUCGUUCCCGCAUUGUAGAAUUUCCCGGUUUUAUUGUUCAAUGUCCGUGAUCCCGAAAAAAUCCCGCAAGAACAAUGUUAAAAAAAUCCCGUUUCCAUCGUUUACGAAUAUUUUUUAACCCGGUUUAACGGGUUGAACUUUACAGGCUUUUUACCGAUUUCACAUACAAAUUCCCGAGAAAUAUUCCAGUUUACGCGUGUCUACACGACACGCAAUACCAAUAUUUACAUAUGGCCGCCAUUACUAAAAGAAAACGAAUAAAGUGAGCAUGACGCUGUUGCUAACAGGUUCACCAACUUCGAUAAAACAACAGACAAAAGCUAACGCUCGCACGAUAGUUCUUGCUUUGUGCAAUAAUCGACACAACAAUAUAACCGUGGUCGAUAUACUGUACAUACUAGCCCAACGUAAACACGUUUCUAUUUAGCGACAGUGAAAUCCUGCGAGAAACAUAGACGAAAUUGUUCAUCCUAGCGUUUCCGUGGCCGGCCGUAUAUGCGCGAGAUUUUCUUUGUUUACGGUAAAUUAGCUUUACGCAUUUAACUCUAAUGCACGUGUGAAAUUUGUAAAGGUUCAUUGAUAUUUAUCAGCCUACAAAAGAGGUUAAAACCAUUAAAGAGCGUUUAGAAAUUAUAAAUGCCGUUGAAAAAAAUCCAGGCGAAAAACGGGUUGAUUUGGCAAAGCGCUAUGGUAUUCCUCCAUCGACUCUAAAUUCUAUCUUCGCUAGAAGAAAUGAGAUUCGGAAACAAGCAAGUCAUUUCGGCCAGUCUUCAAAAAAACGGAAAAUGGCAAGACAGUUGAAAUACAGUGAGCUUGAGAAAGUUUUGUUUUCUUGGUUCCAGCAAGUCGGGCAUCAAACAUCCCAGUGGAUGGCACAUUUUGUUCAUUAAAAAAAAUUCAGGAAGUAGUGAAACCCCUUAUUUACGUUACCGUUAUUUACUUUUUCCCGUUAUUUGCACUAUAUUCUUCAGGUCCCGUUUGGUUCCCAUUUAAUCCAAUUAAUCCAAUUCAAUACUUUCACGCGAAUUACGUCUCAAAAAUCUAAUCCAUCCCGCUAUUUACAUCACGUAACAACGAUAGUAGGCCUAAAAACAUUGUGAAAAACGUAACUUUUAUAGUCGGCAGUGAACAUUUUAAAUCGCAAAAUAAACAUAUUUUAUAACAUGAAAAGUUGCUUUUAUUUCUAAACAUAUAAUAAUUUAAGCCUAGGCGUGUAAAAGUCAGAGUAAUUAUAGCAGGAGGCAAUCUAAAAUGUACUCGGGAAAAACGUAAACUCACGAAUGUAUAAACGUUCUGUUACUAUAUUUAUGUCACAACUUAGCCGAAAUACUGGUAUGAGACAUAAACCUCACUAGAUAAAAUGAGUGGAGUCUUGAUAACUGUUUUAAACGUAUUUUAUAAUUUCGGAAGUAUUGUACAGUUGAUGCAUAUUUUUUAAACUAACCAUUUAUAUCUGGGGAUCGUAAAUAAUUAAUUAUUGGUAUCAAGAAAUCAAGGUGAAGGUAAACUUGAUCACGUCACGGCAGCGAGAAAACUGGUGCGUAUACCAAUAAACUGGUAUUAUAACUGGACAAAACUGGUACACGGGAGGUGGAGCUUAUAUUUUUUUCCGCUAAGCUCGCAUCUAUUGGCUGGCUGCUGAUGGAACGUCACGAGUCUGGGCGGAGCGUUGAGUGAGUUAUACUGCGCAUGCGCAGCUCAGACAACAGAGAGAGCCAGCCGGCAUCUAUGCCGCGCCAUAACAGCUGAUUGAGUACGAUGACCUUUCUCCGCGCACGGCGCGCUAUUGACUGUAAAUUUCCAAUUUGCGGCCCUUUUAUUUAAAAUUUUUUUACUGUGGUGCAAUGCGUAUGUGUAAUGUAGCCCGCAUUUGUUAUGAACGCUGCAGGAUGCGACUGUAUUUUAAUUAACUUUAACGUAUUUCUUACUUUUCCCUUUAUUUACACUUUCCCGCUUUUUACACUUUUUUACUUUGUCCCCAUGAAAAGUGUAAAUAAGGGGUUUCGCUGUAUAAUUUUCCAAUAUUGAUAGUGUAUAUACAGUGUGCUGCUGGUGUCAGUUUAUGGAAAUACCUAACUGAUUCACUGAAAGUUUUUGCAAUAGUACAUACAUUGUGCAUUUGGUAACUUUAGAGAGUUCCCACAUUGUAGGAUUUCCUGGAUUAUCCGUUUUUUACUCAUGGUCCAUUGGAAAACGGAUAAUCAGGGUUUUACUGUACAUACUUAUGAAACAACACACUUUUUUCCCACACUGUUAAAAUACUAAUUUUUCAAUUUGUUUAAGAAAACUUGUUUGUUUUCUCCUGUUAUUUUUAACUGUCACAUCGCAAACACAACAGACAAGACUGCAUUUCACAAACCACCACAUACGUAUAGUGUGUCCCGCGAUUUUUGACUAAUUGAUAGGCAUUGAUCUUGGAAUAGCAUGUCGCUAUGUUGUACAUUGAGACCAUUAGUUUGGUGAUUUUAACUACCUAAACGAUGCGAGCAUUAGACUGAACAAUUCUUGUUAACUUCCAUGGCACGCUGUGAUUAUAGCCAAGCUAUAAUCACAAAUGGUUCAAGCAUUGGAAGUAAAGAAACAAAAAAAUUUAGAAGAGGCUCAGAAGGAAGCCCAACUAUUAGAAGAUGAAAUAUCUUUAAUUGCAAGGCAAUAGCCUUAAAAUAUUGUGCAUGAUAAUUUUGUUUACCCACUUGCUUUAUGGGAUUGUAUGUAUAGACUUACAAGCAUUUGGAAAUGUCAGAAAUGUUGUAUAUUCUAGGAACAUUUUAUAUUUUUGGUAUGUUAAACUUUCACAUUAGCAAAUUAACCAUAACUUCUUUGAAAUGUAUAAGUACUUUAUGAAAUUAAAAAUUUAUGAUUUGGUACAUUUUUGACAGUUAAUUUAUUUGUAUCAGGAAAUUUCAUAUUGAAAAAAAUGUGUAGCAACCCUGUUACAUGUAGGGAUGGAGCAGUGCUAUGUGCAACCCCUUCGGAAUGCACCCUCACUGGAGCAGUGGAGACUUUCACCUCAAGGACUUUACCACUGGUAAAUAUAAUCUUCGCAUCUUACGUUUGUAAUUACCUAUCUGUGUGUCUGUCUGUGUAUUUAGUUGUCAUGUCUAUUGUCACAUUAUGUAUAUCUUAAAUUGUAUGUUAGUUUUAAGUUUUUGUGUAAUUUGUUUUUGCUUGUUAAUGCGUGUUUUUAUGUUUGUUUUUUGUGUCAUUCUGUAAAGGCCUCCAGCUGUAGUAUGGCAUGUAAAACCAAACCAAAAAAAUAAAAUGAUAUAAACAUA